CGUUGGUUCGUCGCGACGUGUGGACGAGUGCGUGGUGAGCGUUCGAGCCCAAGGAUCAAGCGUGCGCCUCGGCUGCCUCGCGAUCCGGUACGCGCACCCUAAAGCGAGCGGAAACGGCGCGCGUGCACGCGACGCACGUCGCCCCCCCCUCUCCCCCCGAUCCGGACCGAGUGAAGUCCGUUACGGGACGGACAAGAGUUCGGAGUGUGUACUACCCGCGUGUGUAUAUGCGCGCGCGCGCGCACGACGUGCGGCCAAUUUCACGCGGUGAGCGCGUGGACGCCCCGGACGAUCCGAAAAAGUUUUGUGCCUCACGUUCAACUCGACAUCCUCGCCCGCAUCCUCGUCCGCAUCCUUGUGAAAUGUGCGUUGCGGCCGUGGCGUUCAACACGCGCGACAGCGACGCGAUAUUCCGCGAUACUCCGUGGCGUUGACGGAAACGAGCGCGCGCGCGCGCGCGCUCGCUCAUUCGCGUCCACCGCGAUCGCGAUCGAAGAUCGGUUGUGAGUGAGAGAGAGAGAGAGAGAGAAAAGAGAACGACUUAGGGAAGGAUAAACAAAGACGCUCUCUCUCGUGACGCUGACAGUGUGUGCUCUGAAUUCUGGGAUUUCCACCUGCGGAUUUUGUGAUACGCCGACACGCGGCUUCUGGAGCUUCGGAGUCCUUUUUUUUGUGUGAUCGCCCAACGGACCUCCUCUGGCAGCAACGGCCAUGACCGCGGACAGCCUGUUCGAGACUACCAGCAUCCCGGGGCAUCUCGCUCCCACGCCCGAGAGACUGGAGAGACUUCUCUCGAAACAGACCCUCGAGGAGCUCUACGAGGUCGAGGAACAGCCUUUCGCACGUGGUAAAUACGCGACGGUGAGGAGAUGCCGCGAGAGAUCCAGCGGCAGGCAGUGGGCCGCCAAGUUUCUGAGGAAGCGACGGCGGGCCCAGGAGCUCCGAGCGGAAGCGCUUCACGAGGUCGCCGUGCUGGAUGCCGCGGCCCAUUGUUCUCGUCUCGUCUCCCUUCAUCAAGUCUUUGAGACCAACACCGAGAUGGUGCUCGUCCUCGAACUGGCUCCUGGCGGUGAGUUGCAAAUGAUACUCGACCGGGACGAAGUUCCAGAGGAACGGCAGGUCGCCAGAUUGCUGAAGCAGAUUUUGGACGGGAUAGCCUUUCUGCAUUCCCUGAACGUGGCUCACCUCGACAUCAAGCCGCAGAAUUUGGUACUUACUGGAGAAUUCCCGGACUGCGACGUCAAGCUGUGCGACUUCGGCAUAUCGCGGUACAUCAGUCACGGAGCGGACAUACGGGAAAUUUUGGGCACGCCCGACUAUGUCGCGCCGGAGGUUCUGAAUUACGAGCCGAUCAGCCUGGCGACCGACAUGUGGUCCGUUGGCGUGCUGCUCUACGUGCUGCUAACGGGAUGCUCGCCGUUCGGCGGAGACACCAAGCAGGAGACGUUCUGCAACAUCAGCCGAUGCCGCCUGGACUUCCCGGACGAUCUCUUCGAGGACGUCUCCGAGGAGGCGCGCGACCUCAUGCGCAAGCUCAUGGUCAAGGAUCCGAACGAACGUCUGACGGUGACCGAGUGUCUUCAGCAUCCCUGGUUCAACAUGUUCGAGCAGCCGUUGGCGCCUUUGACGACGUGCCCCUCGUCGGACGACAGCCCCGCUGCUGUCCUCGAGUCAUCGACAACGUCGCCGCAAGACGACGGCACCUCGUCGAAACUGUCCUCGCCGAUCGUCAAUCAAGGUCAGGUCUCGUCCACGCCGAAGAGCGACAGCGAGAAGCAGCAGCGAUCGUCCACGACAGGUCUGUGCCACAGCGCGGAGAUUUCCAAACCAGCGGCGGGCACUCGCGCCGUCUCCUCGCACACGGAGAACCUCUACGCGGCCUCGAGAUCGUUGCCCAAGCCCAUCAGAUUCGGGCUGAGCCCGGACCGUAGGGACACCUUCAAGAGGAACAUGGACUCGCUCGCGCGAAAGUUCUCCGGCAGCGUACUGCCGGAGAUCGUCAUCAUCGAGCCGUCGUCGUCAAACGCCGGCGGCGGUAUUCAGCAACGUCGCGCCACCGCCACCCACACGAUGCCGGCCGGCGGCGAGGUGUUCAAGUGCACGCCCGUGUUCAUCCUCGGCGAGGCCGAGCAGCAGUGCAGCGACAGCGGCAGCGACACCGUGUCCGAGAUCUCGACCGACAGCUCGAGCGAUCGCAGCAGCAUCUACUCGGACGACUCCCUCGACUUUAUUCUGUACGGCAAGAGUCAGGGUAGAGCGAGUUUCCCGUUCACCGCCGCCGACGCGGCCGCUGACAGGUGGGAACAGAGGCAUCAUCAUCAUCGCACCGCCAGAGUCUGGCCACGCGAGUGCAGCGGCGUUGUCAGCAAGGCGCUCAGCCGUUUCACGUCGGAGACCGCUAUGACGAAAAUCGCGAAAAUCCCGAUGAUGACGACGCCGCCGACGGUGACGGCGUUGCGCGGCGGCAGUGGCAGCAAGGCCGGUCUCGAGGCGCUCCGCGAGCGAGGCGGUAACCUGGUGGUCAUUAGGGAACCCGUACGUGCUGGCAGGUACACCAGGUACAGCGAGGUACAGUGCGAGUCGGUGCAGGCGCGGAUUCGGCGGUUCCAGGUGCACGAGGCCUCGUAAGAACGCGCCGUCCAGCUGUGCGUCGGCAGGUGUUGAAUUAUAUUCGGGCGCAGGUGGACGGACGUCUCUCUGACAGCCUCCUCCGAGCUGCUGCCGAGAGAUCGGGAAUAUGAGAAUUCGAGGCGAUUGUACAUAUCGCGUAAUAUCAUGUGUACAGUGACACGAAGAGAGGGAGGGAGGUUUUGAGCAACGAGGCGUGCCCGAGGGAUGUGCGUAUACGAAGGAUAAGGUGGGACGAAGAUAGGCGAAGUUCCUCGAGAUUUGCGAAGGCUGUGACAUUUUGAGAAGGUUCUUCGGAAGGUUCAGGAUCGCGCGUCUUUUCUGUAAAAAUAUAGGACUAUGAGCUUUGUGAAAGAUAUAUUCGGAUUCACGGUUCCUCUGAUUGUUGCGGUAGAAUGGCAAAACCGACAGCGACAUCGACACGUCAUGCGACAGUCGUAUGUAAAAGAAGGGAAUUACGUCUGAAUUUAUUUUUCGUAAGGCACAUAAUGCUGUGAUAGCGUUAGGGGAAACGUGAAAUGGUAGCAUGAGGAAUGCGAUGUGUUCUUACUUUUUGAAACUCGAUGCAACGGUAAAGGCGAUCUUCGUGCCGUGAAGACGUUAACUCGAUCAGAAAAAAAAAACUCUGUAACUCGAUCGCGAUGCAUGUAAUAUUAAGCAGUAUUUCGUAGCGAGAAUAUAAAAAAAAACACCAAGCCUGAUCUCCAGAAUCCUCGAACAGCCUCUCGAAGCUCCUGUCCCGACUUUCGCCGGACUUCUCGGGAAUCCGGGGUCGAUUUAUAAAAAAAAAAAAAGCGUGCGCACGCGAAUCGAGCAACGUGGCCGCCUGCGAAGCGUGUCGCGCGCGGAAUCCUACGUGUACACAACGCCUUUCUACAUACGCGUGCCUUCGCGAAGGUGCCGACGACGAAGAGACCGUAGCUUGUAUCAUAUCAAAGCGAACAAAUGGCUGUUGUAAAUACUAUGAGAGAGAGAGAGAGCAUGUGAAUGCGUAUACGUUUGUAUGCGUGCGUGCAUGUACGCAUUGACUCUUCGUGGAAGCGAGCGGCUUCGAAGAGAGGUGAGGUCUUGAUGUACAUAUUCGAGUAAUCAGGAGAAGGUGUACGAGGCGAUAGAACGAGUGUCGCGAGUGUGUGCGUGGCAUGUGUGAAAAGGUGCCUGUGGUUGUGGUUGCGACGCCGGUCACAGGGGUGGUCUCGCGCCGGGGGGGUGGCGACGACGGAGAUCCGAGGGAAAGGUCGUGCGGAGUCAUCGCGACACCCGACGCUGGAUUCCGGCUGUGGGUGAAACGCGUUCCGCCAUACAUAACAAGGACAGUCGGUCCAUCGAGAGAGUCGAUGGCGAGUCUUCGACAAUCCCGACGGAUCCCGCCGUCACCGCCCGACCCAAGGCGUAAACAGGAGGAGAAGAACGCGUCCGAAAUCGAGCGAAGAUAGCGCUCCUUAGGCUGCCGUUAUUGAUAGACUGAUCGACCGUCCUUUCUGAACUGAAGAAAACUCGAGCUGCAUCGCGUGCGCAUGCACCGAGACAUGGCGCGUUGCACGUUUAUCCGAAACGACGUUGUAAUUCCGCGAGGUUUAACUUUUGAAGCACGAUUUUUAGAAACGGACAUUUCCGUGUAUCAAAUUGAUAAAAAUUAGUCUUAUCAAUACUGCAUUCGUUUGCAAAAGCGUCGGACUUUGAGCGGCCGAAUAAGUUGGCCACGGGAAAAGUAAUGCCAGCAAUCGCCAGCAACAAUCUCGGUGCAUCGCGCGCUCCGUUCCGUCGGAACAAAUCGCCAUAUCAAUCGGUUCAACGACCGACGACAAUCCAAACAUAUUUCGGUGCCUUCCUUAAGGAAAAUCGUAAAACGCGUGUGCGUUUAAUACGUCGUCAGUGCCUACGUUUUACUUGUCCGGUACUUGCGCGGCAAGGUUUCUCGAGUCACGAGACUGUAAUGCACAGGGAGAGAAUAUACGUCUGAAGAGUGCCUUAAUUGCGCGCGGCUUCACGAGAAUCGAAAUUGAACGCCUAGACGAGCCGUCUAGGCGUCUCUAAUUCUGGUUAGCUCGAAACACGGCCUCGGCGGAGGAGCUUUAACAAUGCGGGGCCGAGCCCCUUCGGAUGUCAGUGAACUCGUCGCACGAACCACCGAAAACUCUCGGCUCUCAUCACACGCUACGGGACCAUUUUUCUGUGGGUCGUAUAUAUCACGUGUAUAUACGGUUUUUUCUCCCCCUAUUAUUAAAUAAUCGUGUUAUUAAAUAUACUUUCUGCGAACCAGCAUUCUUUCCUUCAGUUAUUUAAAAAAAUUGUUCGUUGUUCGCGUCGCGGAAGAAAGAAGGAGAGAGAGAGAGAAAAAAGACGAUUGAAAAAAAAAGAUGACCUCGUCUGCUCUCCGGCCUCUCGUGGACACGCAAAUCAUAAUUGUACAUACGCAAACUUAUUUAACCACGGAAUUCAUCAUCGCGCGCAAAUUGAAACGCGCGAGUCGCUCGCUCGCUCGCUCGCUCGCUCGCGUAGCGUGGCGCGACGAAUGCUAGUCAUAAACACGUUCCGUCCUCUUUCUCACGCUCGCUCCCCCUUUUUUCGCGCCUCCAAUUUUCGUUUAUUUCGCCGCGGACACACGCUCGUUGGCGAGACGCUAACGAGCGACCUGUGUCUUCGCCGAGCGAGACGAGAAAGAAAGAAGAGCGAACGAGAGAGCGCUGCAAAAAUGACGGACUUGGUUGGCGAGCCUCGGUUUCUACGAGCAGCAUGAGAGACUCGUCCGACCGUGAAUUUGUACAUCCCUUUGCACAAAUCCACGGGGACAUAUGCGAGAACGCGUGGAUUUUCCAGUAAAUAUAACUGAUGUUUUUUAACCGCGACGAAAUUUUUAGCAACACUCCCCCCGAAAUUUCUUUCCGUUAUUGCUAGCAAAAGAGGAUUGAUGUUGUACGGUUUUUGGUGGUUCUCUUCGAAGUUAAAGAGCACACUUUUGAUACGUUGACUAUUUCGAGGACUUACGUACCGUUUAGACUAAUAUGGAAAUGUCGAAUUUUUGCCGAAUUCUAAUUCACCAGGAGAGGGUGAGAGCGUUACCCUUUCUUGGAGUAUUUCGCGAAGCGAAAAUCUCGUGAUGCCUGAGUCUUCUCUUUGGCCACUGCUUCAAUCGUCGCGCGCGGAAAUCGAGUCGAGGGCGAAAACGCGGGGAACACUGUUGGCCUCGUGGACCGAGGCGACUGUUUGACCGAUUAUUCAGUCUCUCCGACUACGACGAGAUCGAUGCGAAAUGUAUUCUUCGUUUAACGCGAAUACAUCGGGACACGUCGAGUGACACGACGUACCGAACAACGCGCCACGCGGACAGGCUGCAGCGUACACAAUUUACGCACAAUUCUAACGCGUGCAUUUCUUGAGACGCAUGUGCGCGCGUAUAUGUGUACCGGGGAAUGUGGUUCAAGAUGCGUCUCCGAGAAUCAAAGAACGGGAUUAGACCUUGUAAAAUAUAAUUUUGCUACGACGGGCGAGGGCGGCGCGAUCCGGGGAUGGGCCGACCUUAGCUUCUCUCACGGUGAAUUCGCGGUUAUUUAUUUUCUUCUUUGUGAUAUGUCAUUAGUCAGAAUUAAUCAGUUUUUCGCUUCAUUUCUUCGCGUUAAUUAAAAUCCGUGGAAAGGAGCGUCGUCUCUUGCCUUCCGCACGACUCGAACGCGCCGCGCUGUGCCCGAUAUAUUAUCUAUUAUUAUUAUUAUUGCUAUUAUAUUCUAUAGAAUUAUUAUUAUAUUAUAUUAUGCUAUUAUUAUUACACAUUAAUAAUUAUAAUUGCGAAGAUUGCGAUCGCGCAUGUAGCUGCUAAAAACCUCCUGUAAAUACUUCUGUCAUUGUAUUAAUUUUAAUAAUACAGUACGAAAUAAACGCAACAAUACGUUCAAAAC